AUGUCACCGCCGCCGGAUGCUCUGGAGAUUCGGGGGACUACUGAAAUGGAACCUUCCGAUACCCCAUUAGAAUUCACCGCCGGCGACCCCCCACCACUCAGACGUCCUACACCUGACACUGGCCCUGAUUUUCCAAAGCCACCAUUGGGACCUCCUCCAACUGGUCCUGAAGUAGUUCCUGUCCCACCAUCAUCACCACCGAGUCGGGAGCCGCCACCUGAAGUGGAUCCUCCUUCAAUGCCUCCGGAUUAUCUGCCGCCAGAACUUCCAACACCAGGAAUCCCUCCGUCACCAUCUGUACUGCCAGAACUUCCAAGCCGGGAAUCCCACUGCCACCAUCUGUACCGCCAGAAAUUUUAA